AUGACAGAGAGCAACAAGAUGAUUAUCAACUUGGCACUCUUUGGCAGGACUCAGAGUGGGAAAAGUUCUGCUGGGAACAUUCUGCUGGGCAGUACUGACUUCCACAGUAGGUUUGCUCCAUGUUCCGUAACCAAAGCUUGCAGCUUGGGCCGCAGUUGUCACCUCCACAGCUUCAUACGUCGAGGCGGGCAAGAGAUAACCCUGCAGGUCCAAGUGUUGGACACUCCAGGUUAUCCACACAGCAAGCUGAGCAUGAGUCAUGUCAAACAAGAAGUCAAGAAGGCACUGGCACAUCACUUCGGGCAUGAGGGUCUCCACCUUGCACUGCUGAUCCAGAGAGCAGACGUGCCUUUCUUUGAACAGGAAGCGUCUUACCCAAUCCAAUUGAUCCAGGAACUUCUGGGAGAUACUUGGAAGAAUUACACUGCUAUUCUUUUCACCCAUGCAGAAAAAAUAGAAGAAGCUGGGUUCGGCGAAAAUGAAUAUUUACAUGGCCUCUCUGAUACACUGUUAACUCUACUAAGUUCUAUUCAGCACAGAUAUGUUUUCCAGUAUAAAAAAGGAAAUUCAUUUAAUGAACAAAGAAGAAAAAUCUUAGGAAGAAUUGUGGAAUUUAUAAAAGAGAAUCAUUACCAAGGUCUUACCUUUAAAUAA